AGAGGCAACCAAGCGAGUGGUACUGGCUGUUCUCUGUUGCUGUGGCUCACGUUUUGGUACAAGAGGCCGAGACUGUCCGAGCGACGGCGACCUCUGCGGCGGCGGCUUAGGCUCUCGGAGGAGUGGCAGAGGACGAUCCGAAGGAAGGACUUCUGGUGAGCCCAGGUAGCCCAGAGGUGAACGCCAGGGAAGCAGAAGAACUUGAGAGAGGCAGAAUCCACUGAACUUGGGAGCUUUGCAAGGUUGGGGAACUUUCAUCGGCUCUUAUGGCAAAUACAUCGACCAAUGUAAAAUCCAAAGAGGACCAGGGGUUAAAUGGCCAUGAUGAGAAGGAAAACCCAUUUGCAGAGUACAUGUGGAUGGAGAAUGAAGAAGAUUUCAACAGACAGGUGGAAGAGGAACUGCAGGAACAAGACUUUUUGGAUCGCUGCUUCCAGGAGAUGCUGGAUGAAGAAGACCAAGACUGGUUCAUUCCAUCACGAGACCUGCCCCAGGCCGUUGGACAGUUGCAACAGCAGCUCAAUGGAUUGUCAGUCAGCGAUGACUGUGAUUCUGAAGAUAUUUUGAGCAAAAGCAACCUGAAUCCAGAUGCCAAGGAGUUUAUUCCAGGAGUGAAGUACUGAGGCGGCAGAAUGCUUUGAGGAGGACUUAUCUGUCCCCCACAUCUGGGGACAGUGAUGCACAAAACGGCAGUGCUGAAGAG